AUGACACCCACCGACGUCGAAGCACAGCCAGUGCCCCUGGAACACAUAUCGACGGCCUCAACGAGCCCCAGGACGAGCCUCGGCGAGCAUGAACAUCACCACCACCACCACGGCGCCGACCUGGACCAGGCCCUCUCCCGGAUCCAGACCUGGGCGCUCGAAUACGUCGACCUCGACUUCUCCACGUCCUGCAGCAGCACACUUCCCGGCCUCAACCUGCACGCCUCGCCGGCCGACUGGCCCCUCGCCCGCAAGGUCCGCGCCCUCGUGUUCCCCUGCCUCGCCGCCCUCCUGGCCGGCUACGCGGCCGGCUCGUACGCCUUUGCCGGCACCCCGCUCAAGCAGGCCUGGUCCCUGUCGCCCGCGGCCUACAACACGGGCAUCACGACCUUUGUGCUGGGAUUCGGCCUCGCGCCCGUGGUGCUCGCCCUGCUGAGCGAGAUCUACGGGCGGUACUGGAUCUUCGUGUCUUGCGGCGUCGUGUUCCUGCUCGGCACGGCCGGGUGCGCGGUCACGACCUCGUUCGCGGGGAUGCUGGUCGCCCGGUUCAUCACGGGCGCCGGCGCGAGCGUCUUUGCGACGCUGACCGCGGGCGUCGUCAGCGACCUGUUCCCCGGCGCGGCCGAGCGGUCCACGCCCAUGGCCCUGUAUUCGCUCUGCCUGUGUGCGGGCACCGGCGUGGGGCCCCUGGUCUCGGGGGCGAUCGCGGCCAGGGCGGCUGUCGCUGUCCCUGACGAGGAGGACGGGCGGCUGCUCUCGUGGAGAUGGAUAUUCUAUAUCCAGAUGAUGCUCAUCGCGGCGGUCACGGUCGCGGUCGCGCUCGUGUUUGAGGAGACGAGGGCCAAUGUGCUGCUCGCGAGGAACUGCCGGGUGCUCAACGAGCACAUUGACGAGCUGGAGAAGGACGGAUCUGUCGUCUGCGACCGCGACCUGCUGAACGACGCGGGCUCUGGAGUGCCGGCCCCGGGGAGGUCUCAGCAACAGAAGCGUACACGGUUCCGCGUUCCACACCCGUCAUCGUCCUCCUCGGCUUCGGCGAGACCGCCGUCCCUGCUCGCCCAGGUCUGGCGGUCCUUGUGCUUCCCCCUGCAGCUCCUCGUCACCGAGCCCAUCGUCUCGUGCUUCUCUGCCUGGGUCUCGUUCGCGUGGGCCAUCCUCUACAUGCAGUUCGCCACGAUCCCGCGGGUCUUCCGCGACGUGCACGGCUUCGACGACCUGCAGCUCGGACUGGCGUACAUUGCCGUCAUCGCGGGGUGUCUGCUGGGCUGUGGGCUCUGCAUCGCGCAGGACAAGAUGGCGAGGUCUGUCGCGGUCGUGAACGUGGCGAGCAGAGCGAGGAUGUGGUUGACGCAUCGCAACGAGGCGGCCGGAACAACCCACGACGAGGAGAAGCAAGAUCCAAACACGAGCCACGACAACAAGAAGAGCCCCGAGUCCAGAAUCUACUUUGCCUGCCUCGGCACGAUCCUCCUCCCCGCCGGGCUGUUCAUGUUUGGCUGGACGACGACCGCCUCCUCCUCAUCAGAGGCAUCAGCAGCCCAGACACCUGAUUUCCACCCCAUCGUCCCGACCAUCGCCAUCGCCCUGUCCGUGACGGGCAUAUUCAUCAUCUACCUCGCCGUGUUCAACUACCUGGCCGACGCGUACGGGCGCUUCGCCUCGUCCGCGCAGGCCGCGCAGAGCCUGUGCCGCAACGUCCUGGCCGGGGUGCUGCCGCUCGUCGCCGACGCCAUGUACGACCGCCUGGGCUACGCGGGCGGCGAGAGCCUGCUGGGCGGCAUCGCGGUGGUCCUGUGUCUCGUGCCGUGGGUGCUCUGCGUGUUUGGCGAGAGGAUCCGGGCGAGGAGUCUGUUCGCCAAGGAGCUGGGUCGGUGA